UGAAGUUCCCUUAAACCCAGUACACGUCCAGAGUGAGCUAUCCUAGGGCCGGGGAGGACGAUAGUCAACUUGCAAGUUUAGAGAUACUGCUCGUCAGUAGCCCCUCUCCCUAUUACGAGCUUCCUCCGUCUGUGGUUCAUGACUGUUGCAGUCGGGGACACGCACGCAUUAGCGCUCAUCAUGCCGGUUCGAGCUGAGCGCUGCAGCAGCACCGCUGCGGCCCGUACAUCCUCAGACUCUCUUAUCCCUCCCCCGCCGAUCAACACGCACCAGCCCGGGGUAGCUACUUCGCUGCUGUACAGCGGUUCACAGUUUCGAGGGCAUCAGAAGAGCAAAGGAAACUCGUAUGACGUUGAGGUCGUUUUGCAGCAUGUGACCAUGGAGGACUCUUAUCUGUGUGGUUACCUGAAGAUCAAAGGCCUAACCGAGGAGUAUCCCACUCUCACCACGUUCUUCGCAGGAGAGAUCAUCAGUAGAAAGAGGCCCUUUUUAACCAGGAAGUGGGACGCCGACGAAGAUGUGGACCGCAAGCACUGGGGGAAGUUUCAGGCUUUUUAUCAGUACGCAAAGAGCUUCAACUUGGACGACUUCGAUUAUGAAGAGCUGAAGAACAGUGAUUUUGUCUUUAUGAGGUGGAAGGAGCAGUUCCUGGUCCCGGACCAUACCAUUAAAGACAUCAGCGGGGCGUCCUUCGCUGGUUUCUACUAUAUCUGCUUCCAGAAGUCCACAGCCACCAUCGAGGGCUACUACUACCACAGAAGCUCUGAAUGGUACCAGUCGUUAAACCUCACCCACGUCCAGGAACACAGUAUGCCCAUCUACGAGUUCCGGUGAUACCCUCCCCCUGGCAUCGCUGGCAGAGCAGGGGACUUUGAUUGGCACUGCCCUAGACACUCAUGGAGGGGGACAUGAACUGACCAAUCAAGCCAAGGAUGUACCUACCAGUCGUCUCUGCCGAAAGGGAGAGAACGAUGGAAAGACUAGAUGGAUGGAGGGAGGGAUAGACAAAGAACAAGGCCACCGACCGACCGACAGACGUACAGUUCUUCCCAGCCUGCCUUUCUAGACUUUGCAUCAGUUUGGAUCAGCAGCACUGUUUUUGGUUUCUCUUCCCCGCUCUUUCUCCUUUCAGCAUCUUGUUUUUGAAGCUACUUUUCCUCCUUUUCCUCCAUGUUGAAAACACUCUCCCCUAUUCAGUUGGGGAUCUAGAAUCCUUGUUUGUUUCUUUAUCCCCCCUCCGAAAAUGGAGACUCCACCAAUCACGGAAGUGUUUUUGUUUUUUUUGCCUUGUGCUUCUGGGUUGGGUUCUCAGCUGUCUGGAAGAUUUAAGCACAGUUUGAUAUUGCAUUUUAAAUUUGUCUCGAUGAGUUGAGGCCUGAUUUGAGAUUGACCGAGCUACAGAGUGAGCAAGCGAUCCUGAAAAGAUAGAUCUCCAUAAGAAGGUCUUGAGGUGUGACGACAUUAAGCGUGUGCUCAACAGAAGAUUGAUGGUCAAUGAUCUGCCAUGAUGCAAGAUCUGACAGCUUAGUCGGAUGACGUCUUGGUGAAGGUUGAUAUUUGAAGGCAGGGUAUAAUCAGAUGUGUGUUGUGGGCUAUUGAAACACAUAUAAUACCAUUUACAUCAUUUAGCAGACGCUCUUAUCUAGAGCGACUUACAAAUUACCACACCGAUGGCUACUUCAAAUCUGUCCUCUCUUUCUCUGAGAUGGUGGAGCCGGCAUCGUCCGACCUAUAGAGGAAGUCACCAUGUCCUAGUUCAUAUUGGCGGACAUAUUUCCAGGCUGCUACUGCUGUUUUUUGAAAAGCCUCUCCUACCGCUCCCUGCCUCAAUCAAGUGAACUGAUAAAACGCUUUACGCUUCACUCAUUUUUCUAUGCAAGUUACAAAAAAAAAUCUUAUCUGGCACUUACCUACUUUCAAUUUCAUUUUCAGAAAGGACUUUUAAAAAGUAUUAUGAUGACGUACGUGUGAUCACACAGCCACCAGAGUAUUUAUUGAAAAUUAAUAUUGUUAAUUUAAAUGUGUAUAGAUAUAUAAUAAAGAGUUGUUUUUAUUCACCAGGCUUUUAAACUCUGAUUUGACACAGCUAUUUGAGUGUAAUGCUCUGGUGUCUAGAGUUCUGUGUGGUGGCUCUGAAGUAGUGGUGGUGGAGAGGGUGUAGCACAGAUUGCACCUGGGCUGCGUUUAGACAGGCAGCCCAAUUCAGAUAUUUUUUUCACUAAUUGCUCUUUUGAUCAAUCACAUCAGAU